UGCAUAGGGACCAAAUGAAAGGUGCCCACAGCUGCUGGAACAGCAGGACAGCAGAAGUGAGGGCGAGAAAGCUGCUGGGUUGGGGUUACAUCAGUGCUUCUUUCCUUAUAGGGCAGACAGUUCCGGGUUGGCAGGAGGCACACAUAGCAAGCACUGCAAGCACAGGAGGCAUUGCAAGCACUGCAAGCACUGCAGGCACUGCAGGCACCACAACCAGCCGGCCCCCCUCCAGCAUCACGGACCCCCACAGCCCCCCAGGGCUCCAGGCACGACUGCACUUCUCACCUUGGGUUGCGAAUUCGUAAAGCUGCUGCAGAAUGUUUAAAAAAGUCACCCAAAAAGUAGCAAAGCAAAUGGAUCCCAAAGGAGACCUGGUUCCUGUCCACAGCAUCUCAGACCAAGACCACUUCAGGCUGCUUUGCCUGGUUCGAAGGAAGAGGAAAGCCAGAUUCCGCCCAUUUCCCUCCUACAGAAGGACAGAAUUCCAGCUCCACGACGUGCUGCUGCCUGCGGAGGAGAAGGACAGCGUUGAGUCCCUCCUUCCCAGCACUGAGAGCCACAGCACAGGGGAGUUCACAACCAUGGGAAGCAUCAGAGACAGCGUGGAUGGGAGCCUCAGCAUCCCCAGUGAGCCUGCAGAAGUAGAACUGGGAGGAGGUGCCUCGGUGUCCAAGCAGUGGCACGUCAAGCUGGAAAAGAAGCACAUCCUGGUACCCAAACUUGAGGCACUGAGAGAGGAAAGGAAAAUCAACAUGAAGCACACCUUCAUCGAGCAGCUGAGGAAGGCCAGGCAGAACUUAUAUGUGAUCCAUGAAACGAUAGAGACCUCAGAGGAGGCCCGAUACGAGGAAUCCACGGAGGCGGAGGCGAAGCUCAUGGCUCAGCUUUACGCCAAGUUCUCUGCUAAGGGCACCACCGGGAGCAAACAGAGCAUAACCAUCCCCAGGGGCUGCACGCUGGCCUUCAGGGCGAUGCAGCUGACCAUCGGGGACGCAGCGUGGGGUAUCAACCACUUUCCAGAGAAUAAUCAACCAACGUUUGAGUCUGACGGUUUUGCACACAGAGAAGUAGAUGCACUGGAGAAAGAAGUCAAGGAGAAGUGUCACGUUCUGUCCCAGCUGGCUGAUGAGCUGAAUGCCAUCGUUGUGAAGUCCAUCAAAGCUGUGAUGAGAGACAGGAACCUCCUGGAGGAGCUGAGCGAGAAGGUGGAAGCAGUCCUCGAUGACCCUGAUAACUGUGAGCUGACAACACAGAGCCCAGAUUUGGACGUUCUGCUCCGCACACUUCGGAUUUCUGCCCGCUGUGAUCUCCUCAGCCUGACAGAAGCCAUCUCCUACACUCUGGAUGCCUUCACUGAGUUAACAGAGGAUCAGCUGCUGCUACUGCUGGAGUCUUGGGAAGUGAAGAUUGUGCCCCAACAGCUUAAACUGGUGAGGAGCAUCCUGGAGCCGAAGGCAGAGCACAGCACUGCUGCUGGUUUGCUCUCCUCCUUCAGCCAGCAGCAGCAGCAGCAGCAGCUGACCACGGCAGUGCUGGAGAUGAGCGGGGUGGAGCUGCAGGGGAGCAGCGCUGCUGUCUGUAAAAAGGAAAACUUCCCAUCCCUGGCAGCUCUGUACGCAGCCCUGCAUGCACUGCACUACCUGAGUGCAUCCUGAUGGGCGAUGCGGGUCCCCCUGUUUGGGCUGAUUGAAAGGGAAUUACCUGAUACGAUUAAAAAGCAAUUCCACAGAGUUUCUUUAUUCAAGUUGCAAGCACAGCAAGGUGGUUCGGUUCGGUUUGGUUUUGAAGAGCUCACUGCUCCUUUUCCCACUCGAUUCCAAGCAGGCUUAAAGCAACAGAACUAACAGAGCCCGAAAGCUGGGUGCCAGCAGUGCUUUUGUCCCCAUUCAAAGCGCAGUAGGGAAGGAGGCGCCCCGCAGCCUGGCGGCCGCUCGCCCCCCUCACCGUCACACGCAGCUCCGGGGCCGGGGAGCGCCGCGCCGCCAGCUCCGAACGCGGCCACGUGCUUCCGCGCAGGCAGCAAGCGAGCGCGCAUGCGCCGCGAAAGUGACGAAAGCAGCCGA